ACUUCCGGGUGAGUGCAAGGGGAGGGAGGCAGGGAGGGGGGCCACCCACCGCCUCGCGCCCCCGCCCUGCGGGUGUCUCGCGCGCGUUCCGUGCGUGUGAGUGUGUGGGUCUGUCUCGCGCCAGAAGUGCGUGCCCGCGCCGUACGCCUGGCGCUCUCCCCCCUCCCUCGCCCCCUUUUGGUCCUCCCACCCGACUCGGCUCCCUCCUUUUCCAGCAAACGCCGCCCCUCCCGCGCUCUGGCUCAGGCUCUGGCGCCGCCGCAGCCGUCGCCGCCGGGUGAGUCUCGCGCCGCUGCAGCCGGCGCGCGCCAAGCUCCCUGCUCCUCCCCCCUCCCCUUUUCCUUGGCGGACGGGGAGGGGGGGGUCCACGAUGUGACUGUCUGUGUCCGUCCCGGAACCGGAAGUGGUUGUGGAGGAGCGGGCGAUGGGGAGGAAUGGGGGGGUUUAGGGGGCGGGUGCCUGUCUGGUGGGUGGCAGAGUUCAGCUCCCUGGAGGGGAAUGAGGGACGUCCCAAGGAAGGGUCUUUGAGAAAGGGAAAGUUCAGGAGCCCUGGAAAGGAGAAGGAAUAAGACAGCAGGAGGAAGAGAGAGAGAGGGUAGAAUGGAAGAAUCUCACUUCAAUUCUAACCCAUACUUCUGGCCUUCUAUCCCCACAGUCUCAGGACAGAUUGAGAACACAAUGUUCAUCAACAAGAUGAAGGAUCAGCUGUUGCCAGAAAAGGGCUGUGGGCUGGCUCCACCUCACUACCCCACCUUGCUGACAGUGCCUGCCUCAGUGUCCCUGCCCUCAGGCAUCAGUAUGGACACAGAGUCCAAGUCAGACCAGCUGACUCCACACAGCCAAGCGUCCGUUACCCAGAAUAUCACGGUGGUCCCUGUGCCGUCUACAGGACUGAUGACUGCUGGAGUCUCCUGUUCUCAGAGGUGGAGAAGAGAAGGGAGUCAAUCAAGGGGUCCGGGUUUGGUAAUCACAUCCCCCUCAGGCUCUCUUGUGACCACAGCAUCAUCAGCUCAGACCUUCCCCAUUUCGGCUCCCAUGAUUGUCUCAGCUCUUCCCCCUGGCUCACAAGCCCUGCAGGUGGUCCCUGACCUCUCCAAGAAGGUAGCAUCAACCCUAACUGAGGAAGGAGGCGGAGGUGGUGGUGGAGGUGGCAGUGUGGCUCCUAAGCCACCCCGGGGCCGAAAGAAGAAGCGGAUGCUGGAAUCAGGGCUGCCUGAGAUGAAUGACCCUUAUGUCCUCUCCCCUGAGGAUGAUGAUGACCAUCAGAAAGACGGCAAGACCUACAGGAGCGAAGGGAACUGCGGCACAGGAAAUGGACAGAGCCUUGGGCUCAUGGAUUCAGUUCCCGGCUCCACCACGAACUUGCUGUGUGACCCUGGGUGCCGGAUGUGCUCACUGACAUUCUACUCAAAGUCGGAGAUGCAGAUCCACUCCAAGUCACACACCGAGACCAAGCCCCACAAGUGCCCACAUUGUUCCAAGACCUUCGCCAACAGCUCCUACCUGGCCCAGCACAUCCGUAUACACUCAGGGGCUAAGCCCUACAGUUGUAACUUCUGUGAGAAAUCCUUCCGCCAGCUCUCCCACCUUCAGCAGCACACCCGGAUCCACUCCAAGAUGCACACGGAGACCAUCAAGCCCCACAAGUGCCCGCACUGCUCCAAGACCUUCGCCAACACCUCCUACCUGGCCCAGCACCUCCGUAUCCACUCGGGUGCCAAGCCCUACAACUGUUCCUACUGCCAGAAGGCCUUUCGCCAGCUCUCCCACCUCCAGCAGCACACACGAAUCCACACUGGUGAUAGACCAUACAAAUGUGCACACCCAGGCUGUGAGAAAGCCUUCACACAACUCUCCAAUCUACAGUCCCACAGACGACAACACAACAAAGAUAAACCUUUCAAGUGCCACAACUGUCAUCGAGCGUACACGGACGCAGCCUCACUAGAGGUGCACCUGUCAACGCAUACAGUGAAGCAUGCCAAGGUGUACACCUGCACUAUCUGCAGUCGGGCAUACACAUCAGAAACAUACCUUAUGAAACAUAUGCGCAAACACAACCCUCCUGAUCUUCAGCAACAAGUGCAAGCAGCAGCGGCGGCAGCAGCAGUGGCUCAGGCUCAGGCCCAGGCCCAGGCUCAGGCUCAGGCCCAGGCUCAGGCCCAGGCCCAGGCUCAGGCUCAGGCCCAGGCUCAGGCUCAGGCCCAGGCCCAGGCUCAGGCCCAGGCCUCCCAGGCAUCACAGCAGCAGCAGCAGCAGCAGCAGCAACAGCAGCCACCACCACACUUCCAGUCUCCUGGGGCAGCCCCCCAGGGUGGGGGUGGUGGGGACAGCAACCCCAACCCUCCACCCCAAUGUUCCUUUGACCUGACUCCCUAUAAGACAGCAGAGCAUCAUAAGGACAUCUGUCUCACUGUCACCACCAGCACCAUCCAGGUGGAGCACCUGGCCAGCUCUUAGAGAUCCGUGCUGUCACCCACUGGGAAGAGGAAAACGUCCUGGUCUCUUCUUUCUCCAGCUCCUCUUGGUGGGAACAGUCCUCUUCUUCCUUGACAGGCCUUGGCUCCAUCUCCUUGGGCCUCAGGCACGGCUUUCCUCCACAAGAUACCAUCCUUUUUCUGAACUCUUCAAAAGGAACAUCAGCCCUCCUGAUUGCAAAGGAAUACUGAGCUUAUGGUGUCAUCCAGCAGCCUCCCCUCCCAAGCAAAGCUUUUAAAAUUGGGGGUUGGUGCUCAAGGGAAGGAUUUGCUAUGACCUCAUAGAAACGUGUCCAGCGUGGUCACUUACCUUAUCCUUACCCUCCUUAUCCUCAAAGUUUGGGCUGAUAGAAGACUAGAGGCUGGUCCUCCCAGAUUACAGAGAAAAGGGAGCCCCAAAUGCAACCAGCCUCUUGUUCUAUUCUUGCCUGCAAAAGAACAGAGGUUUCUUAUAUGCCUCAGUCCCUGAGAGCCAUUUCUUCCCCUACAUUGUCUCACUUCACUUCCUAUUGACUGCUGGUCGAAGGAGAUUUUGGGGUAGGGGUUAGACCUCCUUUUAUUUAAAGGGGGCAAGGGCUGAGAUGUGGUCCCCAAGGGGCCAGAAAUUCCCAAGUUGGUCACAGGUGGCUUAGAAGUGUGGGUUAUGGUUUUAUGGAUUUCCUUGGAGCCUCUCUCCUCCUCCUCUGCGUAAACAGACCCUACACUCUCAGUCUCCCCAGCCCAACCCCCAAGGUGCUGUGGGAGGCUUUGUGUUCUCUGUGAAACUCCAAAACAGGGAUGUUGCAGAGAAGGGAGAGUUCAAGGCAAACGCAAGGACUGGACUUAGCUCCCUAGGUGCCACGGUCAGAUACUGGACACGGAUUUAUAUAUAAAUAUAUAUAUAUAUAAAUAUAUUAUACCCACUCAUCACGGCCAUCAUUGUUGUAACCAUUUCUGUGUUUAUAAAUGCAUUAUCUCUGAGAAUUUUCACAUUUGAUGUUUUGUUUAUUUUAUUUUUGUCCUUUUCCCCCCCUCCACCCCUGUCAUCUGGCCACAGCAUUUUUCUUUUUGUCUUUUUUUUUUUUUUUUUUUUAAUCAUGGCAGAUUUCAGAGAAAAGGAAAUUUAAAAGAAAAAUCAGAAAUCAGUUGUUAUAAAGCAGUUUAAAAA